CCAGUUAUAACUGCUUGUUCUAACAGCAUCUGUUUCUCUCAUCUUUGCUCAGCGACGCUCACAUCUACUUGCUAUGGUCAAGUCAACUCUGAUUGUCCGGGCAUCGGAUGCCCUUCCCUUGGCUGCCAGCGUGGACGACGAACAGACGGAACAACAACUGCAAGAGCACAAGCAACAAGCCAAGCUCGUCUUCCGCCGUAUAACUCCCAAUGCGGAGCCUCGGUGUUCGAUCGAAAGCGGCGCAUAUACCCUACACUACCUCAUUGCCGAUAAUGUGGUCUAUCUGACGAUCACGGACAAAGCAUACCCCAGAAAACUCGCCUUCUCGUACCUAGACGAGUUGGCCAAGGAGUUUAAUCUGACAUACGGCCCCAAGGUUGAAGGCGUACGGAAGCCAUAUGCAUUUGUUGGAUUUGAUACUUUCAUGUCGAAAACGUCACGGCUAUAUGCUGACACGCGGACAGCAACUGCCGGCGAUGCUAUGGGCAAGCUGAAUGACGAACUUCAAGAUGUGACGCGGAUAAUGACGAAGAACAUGGAGGAGCUGUUGUGGCGAGGAGACUCGCUAGAUCGGAUGUCACACUUGUCGACAUCGUUGCGGUCGGAGUCUGAGAAGUACCGCAAGGCCGCUCGGAAGAUCAACGUGGACGCGAUGAUUCGGCAGUACGCACCGGUGGCGGCUAUCGUGUUCAUCCUCGUUAUUCUGCUCUGGUGGAGGUUCUCAUAGAUCAUGACUCGUUGGGGAUCACGGCUAAGGCCUCGGAGAUGUCGACUGGAUAUACCUACGCUACUACACUUUGUACACUUUUUCUCGCCAUCUGCUUUCGCAAUACGCAUGCUACGCUCCUCGUAGUGUUUGAUAUCGGUCAAUAGAGUGUAUCUGCA